CAGGCAGACAGAAUAAAAAUGCAAUAAGAGAGUUCGAGAAAUAAUUAUUACCAAUAUCAAAAUACCAAAGUCAUUGUUUUGCAGUCAUACUCUUGAAUGCUUCAAUAAUUUUUCUUCCUGUAACGUUUUCAGACUAUCUUUGAUAAUUCUAUAUUUAUAAUUUGCAGUGGGAAAUAUWCAUGGAUGUGGUGCUUCAAAAGCCUCUUAUAAAGCAAAUUUAUUCGACAUAAAUUCAUAAGAGAACAGCGUCCAAGCUUUAGAGAAGCGACGUAUAAUAAUCAACACCACCACAUCUACUUAUCGCCAACGAACUCAGUCGAAAAGAUCAUUAUGUCUUACAAAUAUGAAGAACGUGUGGCGAGACUUUCCAAAGACGAUCUUUACAUGGCAUUGGCUCUUUGGAUGGAGGAAUUUCCAUAUUUUCAAGGAAWAGAUGAUGGCUGCAAAGGUGUAGGAGUUGUGUUUGUUCUACCAAGCGAUCGAGUUUUAAGCGUCGACUGCAGUCGCGAUGGCAUCCAUGGAAUUGCUCGAGUGAUCGUCAAACACUGCGCGGACAGAGUGGAAGGCUGCAACGUUUUCGUCUCUCGGAAACCGUGUUCUAUCUAUGCCAAACUUCUUGUACAAGCAAAAGUGUCAAGGGUCUUCUACUUACCGAUUAUGCCAGAAAAUCAAGACAAGAAGGACCUGGAAAAUGUCGAUCGUCUCUUCAAAGCCAGCCCUGUUGCACAGUCUAAAUCCGUUCCCCGUGUUGAUGAGAGUUUAUUCACUAAAAUAAAGGACAGAGAGGGUUUGAAUGACACCGAUGUCAGCUCCUGCCAACAAAAACUUUUCAAGAAAUGGUGGGAUGAAAAAAGUGUCACUAAGUUUUACCUUCGUGACAAAAAAUUGAAACACCAAAUUAAACGGGAUUUCCGGUUACUCAUGAAAUGGAUCGCUUCAAUCAAGACACCAGUUUAUAAAGAAAAUACGAACUUUUACAUCGUCGACUUUAAAAAUGAUUUGCAAGUAAUUCAUACUGAUACAGAACUGACCGAGUUUCCCGGCGGAGACGUAGCUAGGCACAUGAUGGUCUUUGCCAAGAUGCUUGCUCGUCAGACAGAUGACCCAAAAACAGGAGUUGGGGCAAUUCUGAUGGAGGAAUUAAAGGAAAUCGUGGGUCUGGGAUGGAAUGGAUUUCCAUCGAAAGCUUUGUAUGCAGAAUUUCCACGCGCCUCGGAUGGAGACGAUAUUAGUACAAGAGAAAAAAAGUUUCCUUAUGUAAUUCACGCCGAACAAAAUGCUUUGAUGAGUAGAAAUGAAAAGGACUUGAAAGAUGGAAUCCUCUUUGUCACAAAAUGCCCUUGUGAUGAAUGUGCACCUUUGGUCAAACUAAGUGGA